CAGAAAAAACGCAUUGAUUCGUCACCAGUACCUUGCUUGUGAGGGAGGAGGUGCGGCAGGGGGAAGAUCUCAUCUCGUUUCGAGUGUUUGGAUCUUCGCCGAGGUCGCAUCGACAGGAGGAGACGGUUCGAGAGGCCCGGAGGGCGCCGGGCGCCUCCCGACGACAGCAUGAGAGGUGUGGAGCGGUUCCUUAUGCGCAGCGGCCUUCGCAAUCAUCUAUCUAUCUCAUUCGUCUGUGUGUGGUGAUCUUACAGGAUACAGCGUUCUCUUCGUCGGCAACUCAACCAGAGGUCAGCACAGCACAGCACAGCACAGCACUCAGCAACAGCGCACAGCGAUGCCAGUGUGUUCAGUGAGCGGUUGGCAUUUGCCGGCUGACGCGACGCGUGUGGUGUGUGAUUCAUUCAUUCAUUCAGAUGGCCACACUGAGUAUCAGCUGAAGGUGGUGGACCCCGAGAACACCAGCUGGUUCACACAGAAGCGGUACCGGGAGAUCCGGGAGCUGCACGACCAGCUCAAACUCAGAUUCCCACAAGAACUACAAUGGGUAAGGAAGGGAACCAGCCAGUCGACACACACACACGCGAGAAAUCAGACAGACAAAAUUGCGUGUGUGGGUGUGGCCGGUUCGGUGUGUGCGCAGUUUCCCCCGAAGCGGUUGUUCAACAACAUGGACAGCGCGUUCAUCAACGAGCGUCAGCACCAGCUGCAGCUCUACCUCAACAAGGUCCUGCAGCUAGACCCAACGUGCUCGGUUAAAGUCCUCAGGAAGUUCCUGGAAAUCAAACCCAAACCAGGUUACUAAAUGCACUUCACGGGCGCCCUGACACACCCAUGCAUGGUUUCCUUCGGUUGUGCAGAGCCCGGUCGUUUAGCGUAUGGCAUCGAGUCUGCCACGGCCCACCAGCUGCUGCUGGACCGUGCGUCAGGUCAGUUCCUGGACCUGUCGCAGACGCCCCAGCCCUUGGACGCCACCGAGGCUGAGCAGAAGGCCUCCAACUACAGCCAGGUCUUCUCACGGAUGUCACAGCUGUCGGUCGGCCCGCACAACACACUGCCCUUCCAGCCACAGUUCAAGCAGGCCAACUUCAGCGCUGAACAGGUGGGUAUGGUGUGCUGUGCUGUCGAUGGUGAUGCUGAUUGAUCAAUCGGUGGAUUGGCUUGCGGGGCGCUGUGCUUUGUUUGUCAUUCAGAUGGAGGAGCAGAUAUCGAAGCCCUCGCUGGCGCAGACAGGUAGGCGCAGUUAGGAGAUCAAGAUCUCGAGCGCGGCGGGUGGGGCGGGCGGCACUGCAUCUGUCUGUCUGUCUGUGUUUGUGUUCAGACGGCCGUGUGGUGAGUGAUGCGUUGGAUGAGCUGUGCGUCAUACUGUCGACCAACAGGAGGAUAGAGGUCGGUAAACAAACACACACACACACUGCGGUCGAUGGGCAUUCCGAUUGAUCCCCUCUGUAUGUAUGUCAUCUAUCUGUGUCCUAUAGGGGCUGGACGACAUCAUUGUGCCCUUCCCACCGAUCGUUGUCCCCCUCAGCUCGGCAAGCUGACGCACACAUGACAUGCAUCGUUGGUUGCAAGAGAGAGAAGUUUUGACGACGCACGGUACGGUGAGUACUCACUGCACUGGCUGACAUGUGGCUGUAAAGAUGGUGAUGUAGGUAGCGUAGAGAGAGAGAGACGGGCCUGCCUGCCUGCCUGCCUGUGUUUUUUGGUCACACACAUUACAUUCAUGACCGUGCAUGUGUGCCGAUGAUCGCUGCAGAGAG